AUGAACUGCAGUGCGAAGUGGUUGCAUGGUGGACUCCCGCCCCUCCGCGGGGCGGGGCGGGUCGCCGGGGUCCAGGCUGCGGAGUGCGCGGCGCUGUGUGCAUCGCGGGUCCAGGCGGGAACGGCUCUCCGCUCGGCCCCCGCGGUCCGUUUGGAAGGCCUGGGGACACGCAGCUCCGGAGCUCCAGUUUACCGGCAGACAGAGGUGCUGUUGCCGCAGGAGGUCGAACGGCGCCGGGCUCUGGAGCCUCCUUCUUCCAGUCGUGGUCGGGAGGCUGGUUGUCAUCGUGCCGCCCUGCAGGGCGGGGAGCGAACUCCAUCGUGCCCUCGCCCGUGGAGCCCGCCGCCGCGCCCGCGGGACUGCCCCGUGUCCCUCCAGAGGGCGCCGCUGUGCGGGAGCCUGGCGCUUCCCCGAGUCAGCGUUCCCCGGCGGCGGGGACGGGGCCGGCCCCUGCGGGUGCCCAGGGGAGCCCGCUGUGACCUCGCGAGCCGGUCUCUCUCCUGCUCGCCCCUUCGGGGGAGGCCGCUCUUCCCGGGCGCACGGCUUACUUUCCCAGUACUUAUGAAGCGAUCACCAUGUGACCAGGAGUCCCAGGCAAGUCCGGCCUGGCCCCAGCACACGGAGGACGGGACACAGGACUUGCUCAUCGCUGAGACAGUGCCCGACACCCACAGGAUAGAGGAGAGAUUGGGCUUCCUCCAUGAAAUGCCGCCGUGGUCCCCCAUGCCAUGUGAAGGGCUCCACUACCUCCAUCUCCUCAGAGUCAGACGAUGAGAGCGAAAGAUAAAGGCAGGAGUUUAUGAACUGGGCUGUAGAGUAAUGAAUGAAUAGUGCAACAAUCAGCACCCCUUCUCCCGGAGGAAACCAGUCUCCUGAGUGUGGUGUCACGCCUGAAACUUUACAACGUAUGUUUUCUGGAGCGACACUUAGCCUUACCUGCAUUUAUGUAAAUGCUAUGGGUACCUUAAGAUCUUAUCUGCAAAUCCUAUUUUUUGCUCCCAGUAUUCAUCAUUGUGAGAUUUAUCCUUGAUACGUGAAGCUCUUUUUGAUCUAACUUCACUGCUGUGUACUUUCCCACUACAUGGCUGUAGGAUGGUUUGUCUUGUCUGCUUUGAUGGCCUUGGAUGUUCAUUCAGUAAAUAUUACCCAAUCACCUAAUCUGCAAGUUAUUGUUGUAGGCUCUGGGGCAUGACACAGUGAAUAAAAAUUGGAAUACCACUGCCAUCGUGGAGCUUACAUUGCAGAGGUGAGAACACAGUGGAAAAAUAAGCAGAAUACAGAAAAUGGUAGAUGGAGGUUGAUGUCGAUGGAGAACAGCCAAGCCGGGAAAGGGGCUGGAGCAGUGGCUGUGAUUUUUAAGUGUGGGAAUCAGGGAAGACCUCACUGAGAAGGUGAUCUCUGAGCAAAGACCCCCAAGGUAGGGAGGAAACCAGCCAUGCAGAUACCUGGAUGAACACUGCAGGACAAAGGCCCUGAGAAAGAUGUGGUUGGAGCAGAGGCCGAGGGAGAGAACAAAAGGAGCUUGGUGAGGCAGGGCCUAGUGGAAGGACUCAGCAGAGAAGGAACAGACUCUGCCAUUGUUUUAAAACAAGCACCCGCUGCUGAGGGGAGAACAGAUUAUGGACCAUCUCAAUUUUUGCUACUACAAAUGAUGUUCCUAUGAGUCUACAGGUCUCCUAUGGACAUGCAGAUUCCAUAGGAGUCCUGGAAAACCCUCAGAGAGGGACUGAUGGGUCAAGUGUAAAUACAUGAUGAAUAUAUGUCUAGUACCUGUAGAAAUGUUGCCCUGUUUCCAAAUGGGUCACACCUUUUUACAUUCCCGCUAGUGUAGGGGUUCCACUUGCUUCAUGUCUUCACCAGUGCUUAGUGCUGUGAGAUUUCUGUUUCUGCCAAAUGCAUGAGGCUAUUUUCACUGUAAUACACAUACACUUCUCUUAACUAGACUCAGUGUCUUUUCCUCUGUUUUGUGUUUCACUUUUUUUCUUUCCCUGGAAAAAAAUUUUCAUAUCAUCCUUUACACAUUUUCUAUUUGGUUGUUUAUCUUUCUCUUACUAGUUUAUAAAAGUAACAUAUAAAAUUAACAUUGCUCUUUUAAUGGUUGUACAUCCUUUCCUAGUUGAUUUGCUGCUCAUCUCAUCAGUACCAUCUUUUGACAAAUAGGAUUAUAUUUUUUAAUGCUUUUUCUUUCAUACCUUGUUUCCUUAAUCAUGUAAUUGUGAUAUAAUUGACAUAUAAUCAGCAGUGUAAACUGCAAAGUUUCAUAAGUUUUGACAUUUAAACAUGUAAAAACAUCACCAAAACCAAGAAAAUGCACAUAUCAGUCACCCCUGUUUCUUUCUGAAGUCCUUCCUUCCUGUCAGCACACUGCUCCUUGACCCCACUAAAGGACAACCAGUCUGCUCUCUAUAUAGGUUAGUUUGAUUUUUCUAUACAUACUUUUAUAUAAGUAAAAUACACUACUAUGUUCUGUUUUGUUUGGCUUUUGCUCAGGAUAAUUAAGAGAUUUACCCAUGUUUUUUAGUGUAUCAAUAGGACAUUCUUUUUAUUGCUGAGAAAUAUUCCUUUUUACAGAUUGUGUCAUCUACUUCUCUGUUGAUGACAUUUGGGCUUAGGGAAUGUUACAAAUAAAACCACUAUGAAUGUUCCAAUUCAAGUCUUUGAAUGAACAGAUAUUUCCUUAACUUUUAGAUAAAUACCUGUGAGUAAAAUAGGCAAAAGCAUAUGGUAGGGAAAAUUUCAGCAUUUUUAAGAAACUGCCAAAUUGUCUUCCAAACUUGAUGAAUCAUUUUACUCCCCCUGCCAACCAAUGUAUACAUGAUUGUAAUUCCUCCACAGCCUUGUCAGCACUCAGUAUAGUUGGUCUUUUAUUUUCCCAUUCUAAUAGGUGUGUAUUGGUAUCUCACCAUGAUUUUAAUUUGCACUUCUCUAGUUCUAAUGCUGUUAAACAACUUUUCCUGUGCUUAUUUUCAUUUGCCUAUCUUAUUUGGUGAAAUGUCUAUUCAAAUUUUUGCCCAUUUUUAUAUAUUUUUUUAAUCAUCUCUAUCAGGUGAUUUUGCUUUGCAAAUAUUUUCUCCCAGUGCAUGCUUCUUUUCAUUAUCUUAAGCGUAUCUAUUGAAGUUUUUAAUUGGGAUGAAGUACAAUACAUUUUUUCUCUUAUGGACUGUAUUUCUGGUGACAUAUCUCAGGAAUCUUUGCUUAACCCAAGCUCACAAACAUUGUCCUGCUUUUACUAAUUUUUCUAAUUGUAGAUUAUGUAGUUAGAUCUAUUUAAGUGAAAAUUUUAUAUGAUAUAAGAAUUAAAGUUUAGAUAGAUGAUUAAUAGAUUACUAUUUCUUUCCGUACCCUUUGUUGAAAAGGUUGUCUUUUAUCCACUACACUGUGUUACCUUGUGUAACUGUCAAGUCAUCAGUUGUCCAGACAUGCAUGGUUUUAUUUGUGGAAUGUAUGAUCAGUUCUAUUGUUGUAUUUGUCUAUCUUUACAUAAGUACCAUACUAUAUUGAUUACUGUAGUUUUAUAAUAAUUCCCAAAAUCGAGUAGUGUUAACUUUCCAACUUUGUUCUUCUAAGUUGGUUAUUCUUGGCCCUUUGUAUUUUCAUGAUUACAUCUGUACAAAUCCAGGC